AGGGGAGGGGGUUGGUGUGUUGGUGUGUCAUAUUUCUAGUGGUCCCACAGAUCCCUCCGUACAGACUUACAGAACAACAGGUGAAGCGGACCCUACAGGGCAGUCUAGUCCCCAACCCAGAGGUCCACAACACCUCCGAACCCCAGACAUCUCUCUCUCUCUUUCUCCUUCUCUAUUCCUCUCUCUGUCUCCUCAUUUGCCUCCUUCGAUUCCAGGUCUGAGUUCCAACCAUCCAAGGUCUUCAUGUUCAUCAGUAGUCUGGAUGGAGGAAGAGCAGCAACGCAGUAGGAAUUAAAACUGGUUGAAGCUUCUAUUUGGAAAAGCCCACAACGUUUCUUUCCUCGUUAUCUAUAAAGCUGAAUCCCUCUGCAGCCAUGGAGCAGCCCGUGAUGAAAGCCAGAUCGCCAGUGGGUCAGAUGUGUUCGGUGGUGGCCCCCGGCUCAGCCAAGCAGCCUUCCUCCGCCACCUCUCCCUCCAACACCACGGGCCCCAAGGAGGUGGAGCUGAUUCUGGUGAAGGAGCACAACGGGGUCCAGUUCACCUCCUCCACGUUGGUCAGCCCUGCUGGGCACCCCCACGGCCACGCUCUGGGCCCCAGCCACGGACACACCCCUGUCCCCGGAGAAGAGAGGGAGACCUGGGGGAAAAAGAUCGACUUUCUCCUGUCGGUGAUAGGGUUCGCUGUGGACCUGGCCAACGUGUGGAGGUUCCCCUAUCUCUGCUAUAAGAACGGAGGAGGAGCGUUCCUGGUGCCCUACCUGUUCUUCAUGGUGAUAGCAGGCAUGCCUCUGUUCUAUAUGGAACUGGCUCUGGGACAAUACAACAGAGAGGGGGCCGCUGGCGUCUGGAAGAUCUGCCCCAUAUUCAAAGGUGUUGGUUUCACAGUGAUCCUGAUCAGUCUGUAUGUGGGCUUCUACUACAACGUGAUUAUAGCCUGGGCCCUGUUCUACUUGUUCUCUUCCUUCACCGGGGAGCUACCCUGGGUCCACUGCAACAACACCUGGAACAGCCCCAACUGCUCAGACCUCUGGGACUUCAACAACUCCCUCAACGACACACACAAGUCCACCCCCGCAGCCGAGUACUUUGAGCGUGGGGUGCUCCACCUACAGGACAGUGAGGGUAUAGCUGACCUGGGACUCCCUCGUUGGCAGCUAACAUCCUGUCUAGCUGUGGUCAUCGUGGUUCUGUACUUCAGCCUCUGGAAGGGGGUCAAGACCUCAGGGAAGGUGGUGUGGAUCACAGCCACCAUGCCCUACGUGGUCCUGACUGUCCUGCUGCUGCGCGGCGUCACCCUUCCUGGAGCCAUGGACGGCAUUAAGGCCUACCUCAGCGUCGACUUCCUACGACUCUGUGAGCCUCAGGUCUGGAUAGACGCUGCCACUCAGAUCUGCUUCUCUUUGGGAGUCGGGUUCGGGGUGCUGAUAGCGUUCUCCAGCUAUAACAAAUUCAGCAACAACUGCUACAGAGAUGCCAUCAUCACCAGUUCCAUCAACUCCCUGACCAGCUUCUUCUCUGGCUUCGUCAUCUUCUCCUUCCUGGUUUACAUGUCCCAUAAACACAGCGUGCCACUGGACAAGGUGGCCACAGAUGGUCCUGGUCUGGUGUUUAUCAUCUACCCAGAAGCCAUUGCAACAUUACCAGGAUCUUCAGUAUGGGCAGUUAUCUUCUUCAUCAUGUUGUUGACUCUGGGCAUCGACAGUGCUAUGGGAGGGAUGGAGUCAGUGAUCACAGGAUUGAUGGAUGAGUUCAAGUUUCUCCACAAACACCGGGAACUCUUCACCCUCUUCAUCGUUGUGUCCACCUUCCUCAUCUCACUGUUCUGUGUCACUAAUGGUGGUAUCUAUGUGUUCACUCUGCUGGACCAUUUUGCUGCUGGGACAUCCAUUCUCUUUGGAGUGCUUAUUGAGGCCAUCGGCAUCGCCUGGUUCUACGGAGUGGAUCGCUUCAGUGAUGACAUUGAGGAGAUGAUCGGACAGAGACCAGGCCUGUACUGGAGACUGUGCUGGAAGUUUGUCAGCCCAUGCUUCCUCCUGUUCAUGGUGGUGGUGAGCUUCGCGACCUUUAACCCUCCGAACUACGGGACGUACACGUUUCCCAUAUGGGCCAACAUGAUUGGCUGGUGCUUGGCUAUAUCCUCCAUGACCAUGGUGCCUCUCUAUGCUAUCUACAAGAUGUGCACCUUACCUGGGAAGUUCUGUGAUAGACUGGCCUACGCCAUAACGCCUGAGCACGAACACCACUUGGUGGAUAACGGAGAAGUUAGGAGGUUUACGCUCCAACACUGGAUGGUGAUCUGAGCCCAGGAAGAAGACAGAGGUCCGUUCACAUGGAGGAUGGAUGGAUAGAGAGAGGGAGGGAGAGAUGGAUAGAGGGAGUGAUGGAGGGAUGGAUGGAGAGAGGGAGUGAUGGAGGGAUGGAUGGAGAGAGGGAGAGAUGGAUAGAGAGAGUGAGGGACGGAUGGCUAGAAGGAGGCACAGCAGACAUGUGAAGAGAGUAUAUACCGUAACAAGAGGAGAGAGAAGUGUUUGAAAUGCCAACCAAGCUGUCAAAUCGUAGUGGUCUUUAAUUUCCUCAAUGGACGUGUGGUUGUGUGCUGUGAUCUAGAUCAGGAUGUUGGUGACGUUCGGUCAAAACAUCACUAAAUAUCAUUCUUAAACAAUGACUGUUAUGAUUAUGGAUAAUUCACCAAUAUAUUCAUGUUUAUUUUGUGAGCUGAGAAAAAUCUGAGCGUUUGGUUUAGUGUAAAAUCCUGAUGAAAUAUUAUAUGAUUAUCUGUUGUAGAGGUAACUAAGAGAAAAAAAAAGUAUUUAUUACAGAAUCAAUAUGUCAUAGCCAAUAACACAAUUACAUUCCUGCAUUUAACUGUGUCUGAAAGUGUACAUGUUUUAAGUUAAGUUUGUUACAACACAUAACACCUACAUAGUAAGCUAGCUUUUUAUAUUUUGCCAACAGUUUCCUUUGACACUUGAAAAAUGUGUUGUCUGUUACUUCUCCUCUGAAAAAUGUGUUGUCUGUUACUUCUCCUCUGAAAAAUCUACCGGGGGGUCCAAAAUGAUUGACACCCUUGAUAAAGAUGAGAAAAAAAUAAAUAUUAAAUAAAUUAUUAAAAUACUGAGCUAUAUUGUAUGCUAAUUUUUAUUAUUAUAUAAUUUUAUAUUUUAUACUUUUUUCUCAAAAGGGUAGGGGUCAAAGUACUUGACACUCCUGUUUUCAAUAGCUUUCCAUUUUGAUGUGUACUUGGGGGUUAUCGUCUCGCUGGAAGAUCUACUUGUGGCCAAAUUUCAGCCUCCAGAGGCAACCAGGUUUUUUGGGUAAAAUGUCCUGGUUCUGUGUAAAGUUUAUGAUGCUGUUGAACUUAACAAGUAUCCCAGGAACCAGUGGAAGCUAAAUAGCCCCAUAGCAUCACAGAUCCACCAUAUUUUACAGUAGGUAAAGAGCUCUUUUUUCAUGUCAACCAAUAAAUGUAUACACCUGUAAUUUGAUACAUGGCACUUGGACUGGAACUUGUGCUUUGGUCAGAUGACAUGAAAAUAAAUAUCUUUGGACACGCACACCAGUGGUGGGUGUGGCGUCGAAAAUGAGAAUGCAUAAGCAGAACAGAACCCAAUACCUACUGUCAAAUAUUGUGCUGGAUCUUUGAUGCUAUGGGACUACAUUUGUUACGGUCAACAGCAUCAUGAAUUUGACCCAGUACCAGGACAUUUUAGCCAAAAA